AUGCCUCGUAAAGCCGCCACUGCCAACUCUGGAAAUGCUGCCUUGUCUAAGAAUGCUGGCGAUGUGGCCGGUUCUGCUGCUGCCCAGUCUCCUGCACGCCGUAAUACGCGAGGACAAGUUAAAUCUGACAAGGAAAAAGAUAACAAGAAGGGUGUUGGAAAAGGCAAUGUCCAGGAAAGUACCAACAAGAAGGUUGCUAAGCGCAAGCAUACUUCCGAUAAUGAGGACGAUGAAGAUGUCAAGAAUGCUCCUGACCAAACCCCCCCACCGUCUAGUCCGCCUGGUAUAUCUCCUCCUUCAACACCUUCUCCUUUGAAGAAACUUAAAGGGGCUGGUAAAAGGACACUGGAAGGUGUAAUCAUUGAUACGCCUUCCAAGUCGCCUGGAAAGAAGCCGGUUCGCUUUGAGACUCCACCGCCUUUGGAAGUGCAAGUGCCAAAGACACCAAGGUCUUCGGCGAAGAAACAUGCAAUGAACAUAGAUGAUGACAAUCCGUUCAUGUCUAAGGAUGUUAGCCGGCAAAAGGGGCACACCAAAUCUUCUGCGAGUCAAUUAUCGAAUCAACAACUUUGGGAGAAGCGAGCUGCCCUUGCACGUCUCAUGAAAGAAAUCGAGGCUCAGAUAGGUGACACUGGAGAUCAAGCUCAAUCUGAAACUUACAGUGAUGAAGAGCAUAAUAUGACUGUUGAUGGCUAUGAGAAGGACGACUUUGUUGUUGACGAUGAGGCUGAAGAGGAUGGCGAUGCUGGAGAUGAGGAUGGUGCAGAGUACGACGAUGCUCAGGAAAAUAAUGAACAGCAGGAAUAUACGCAUGGAGAGGAGGAAGAGGAGGUGGAAGAGGAGGAGGAAGAGGAGCCUGAACAACCCAAGCGAGCAAAGACUUCCAAGGCCUCUUCUUCAAGGAUUCCUGACAAUGGCAAUGACACCGAUCCCGGGGAACUUUCUUCUGACUCUAUUCAAAGGCGCAAGAAGAUUGCCCAAGGAAAGAAGAAGGCGGCAGACCCAGAGGUUGAAAAGGAUGGUGCAGGAUCCAUUCAGAUUCAUGGAUUCCCGAAGAAGAGCGGUGUCAAUGUCAAGGAUACAAGGAAGUACAACAUGUCUAUUUGUAGUGUGACGAGUCGUACCCUACAGCACAAACUUGUGCAGGCAAGCUUCAGAAAUGUUCCCCCGUAUCCAGAGGCUGGUGGUAUCACUGGUUCCACUUCAACAAUUGAUCUAGAUUUCCUGGAUGAUAGCUCUUUCACUGGGAUUCAGAUACCGGCACUGGUUCAGCUUCUCACAUUCACCCAGGCUGGGCGAUUUCACAAUCCCGCAUAUGCCAAUCCCGAUGAUUUCUCCACCGCCUUUGGAGUAUCCACGAACCCGACCAUUCACAUUCCUGAUACUAUCAUUCCGUCGCUCUUCAUUUCCUUCGGAAUCGUACAUCAAUCCAAUACCAUCAAAGGUCGAGCGAUCGGUGCCAAUAGUACCAAGGGGUAUAAGGAUAUUCAGAUAUACCAUAUCAGUCAAUAUCACGAGAGGGCAAUUGCUUUCAUGUGCCGAACCCUUGGCGAAAGUGAACUGUCUCUUUAUACCUAUGAAGGAGCAGUUGGGUACAGUACAAUGUUUGGUGAACUUGCGUCACCGACUCGUCCCUCUCCGACCAAGAAGAAGAACAGUGCUGGCCCCUCCUCACCCUCCAAGCCCAGUCCCCUUGACAACAUGCGGCGAGCCAACAUGAAGAAGACUGUCCCAUAUUGUAUCGCUUCUAAUAUGGACGUAAAUGCAUAUUACAUUGCUGUGUUUAUUGCUCUAGAUUCCUACGUACAUGACAUGUUUCCGAUAACACACGAAACAACUUGCGAAGACCUACUCAUUUUGAAGAAAUAUUGGCCUGAUCCACGUUCGGAUUCACGAUAUCAAAAUAUUGGUACAAGAGACUUGAACAGAAUAACAUCAUUCUACUCCAUUCAUCAACCCAAGGGACUUCUGAAUCUGGACAACGUUCUAUGGUGGAAUAUUCCUGGCCAGGAAUUGAUGGUCCUGGUCCUUCCUCAGUACGAUUUGGAGCUCCGGCUGAGCGUAUUCAUCAAAGUAAGACAGACAGCAUCCACCUUCAUUUUGUAUGGCUGA